UCGGUUGCAGUAUGGGAUUUACGGGACACCUUAUCAUUGGGUCGUUCAUGCUGUCUACCUCGUUGUGGUGGAUGUUCAACAUGUUUCGGGAUUACUCGGUGAGUAAAAGGAAAGGAUCCGUCUUCAAAUCGAGGAUUAGUUACGUCAGCACCAGCUGUCCCAAGAUACCACUGGAAGCGAUCUGGAAGGUUGUUGGGUUUACGUUCGUACUCCUGUGUGAAGUAGGCUCGUCAAAACUAAUAUUCAUUGACCCAGCUGACGGCGGAUUUAGGGCAGAUUCCAUAAUCAACCUACAGCACAUGACAAUGUACGGGAUGUUCACAGUGCACGCAUGUGUUGAUCUACUCGCCUGGAAAUUCCCGGUACCCGAUGGAUUGAGUUCUGUCACAUUCUCCCUGGCCCUGUUAUGGAGUGGCGUCAGUAUUCGGAGUGGACACAACAGAAACGCUUUUCUGGUCCUGAUUCACACCCUCCCGACCUACGUCAUGAUUGUAGCGGCUGUCUUGAUCCUAGUGGAGCUCUACAAUAACUACUCCUGCUUCAUCGCCUCAGCGUUCCGGGCCUUCGCCACUAUGUUACUGGGAACCUGGUUCUUUCAGAUGGCUUUCAUUUCCUUUGACCGACAUGAAUUGAUAGGUCAUGCUCCAAACCCUCACUGGGACCAGUCUGACGUACGGAACAUACACAUGCUGGUCGCCCUGUUUGGGGGACAUAUUAUUAUGGAUAUGAUUGUUGCUAUGGUGUUUUACAUAGCAAUGAACCUUCUGUACGGUCGUGGAAAUUACGAUUAUAAGACCGAGCAGCUUGGCGAGGGACACGAAAAGCUGAUCGGGAUAAAAUCUCCGGACUUUGUUGAACAGAAAUUGAUAUGCUAAAUGACGGUCGUUGUUUAAAGUGAUUGCAGACUAUCUUCGGUUUGUGCGCCUGGCAUUUUUAUAUGCUUUAUGGAGAGGCUUCUGUGAAGUUUAAACACCACGAGCGUCUCAAACAAUGACGUUUUAAUUACACCAUCUCUAUCUUGUUUUAUCUCCUCUCUUUUUAUUUUGGAUCGGCAUGUCCAAACGUUUGUUGAUAUUUUAUGCAGAUAAACGCCAUUGUCACUACAGA